AGAUACAGAUUAUAAAAAAAAGUUAGAUGAAAUAAAACGUCAAGAAGUAAGACGGUAGUCAAGUCUUUUUAUGUUAAGUGUAAUAAUUCUUAAAUAUUUUAACUAAAUUACAGUUGUUUAAGUGUUUAUAACAAAACUAAACUACCCAAAAAAAUUAUAAGUUUAUAAAAAUGCAUUUCUUUCUGUGUUUCUGUAAACAAAACAGUAAUCUUAAUUAAGUACUUGUCAAUCAUAUGUUAGUAAUUAAGGAUGUCACUUGUUUGUUUACUAAUGAUCUAAGCGAAAGUGUCUUAACUCAAAAUCAGUGAUGAAUAUUACAAAAUCAAGUGGGGAAUCGUCGUGUAGAGGACAAGAAAAUGGCGACUCAUCAACUGGUUCCGAGCGCCCACUCAAGAAAGCACGUUUUGCGUGGCAAGUUAAAGGAAAAUAUCACUUGAAAAACGAUAUACCCGACCCACCUAACAAUGCCGCACCAGCAACCACAUCCGAUAGGGCUACAACGUCGAACGCUUCGGACAUGGGCACAGAACAAAACCUUGAAAUGUUAGGUGACUACUUACUUAAACAAGACUUUAACACAUUGGAUUCUGUUAUUGCAGACUCUGAGAAAUCACUUUUAACUCCGAGUACAAGUAUAUCGACUGAAAAGAUACAAUAUCCAAGAUAUGUGAGCUCUUAUGACAAUAAUGAAUCAAGUAGGGGGAGUAGGACCAGUCAAGAAAACAGUGAUGUUGUGUCCUUGCCAAUGUCCAUGGUGGUGUCACAGAACUACACAGAGGAUGAGUGCAUAGCCCGCUGGCAGGCCAGACAGAUGGCAAAAGGAUUUGUUGACAAUACAAUAAACAGAGUGCUAGAAUCGUGGGUACCUGAGCCAUCCCCACCAGAAGAUAAUUCUAGGUACUUAGGUUGGGACAUUGCUGAAAUCAUAAACAACCUGCCAGGGGACAACACUAUUGAAAAUGAGGGAAUACUCAUGGCCAUUUCUGCCCAUGGCUUACAAAACACAAGUUCAAAUAGUAAUAAUGGCUCAAAAUCUGAUGACAAUAGUGAUUAUGGUGCUGGAUUUUGUAAUCUACCUUUGUCAGUCCGAAGUUUGUCCCCUCUCCCAUCAGAUGACGAAAAUACAUCUACAGUAAGUGUAAAAUGUGAUGAAUCAGAUCUGAACAAAUCUCUGCUGUGUAAUGAUCAAAAGAAUGAUGUGGGACAGUUCUCGUUAUUCCCUGAUUCCUCUCUGUCAUAUCAAUGCUUUAGUGAAAACCAAAAUUCAAGUAUUGAGUAUGAUGAAAAUGUUACUAACAAUCACUAUGAUUUCUUAGAUGCAGCUGUUAUGUUUGCUAUACAAAACAAAGGGUUAACUGCUUUCGGCACUGACUAUGGUUAAUAAUGUACUAAAUCAGUCAUUGGAUUUGCUACAGAGUGUAAAAUAAAAAGCCGUUACUCAGUUGCCAAUACUUUUAAUAGAUGGUUAUAUUAGAGUUGAUCUCUAACAAGCGGUAAUGGCCUGUACUGAUGUCUGAAGGGGACAAUUCAUCAGCAACCUCGCCAACAGUGUGUUCAAAAGUAUUUAUUCAAAUAUUGAAUAUUCAGCUUUGUGUCAUUCAUAUUCAGUUUAGCAUCCCUUAUGGUAUUAUAACCCAAAUAGUGUCAUAGCUGGUCUUAAAUUUGUAUCAUAGUAAUCAGUAUAUUAUAUCAUAGUACUAUGGAUUCUUUAGUUAUCAGUAUGUCUCAUUGAGGGUUUGUUUAUAAUGUUUAUUAUUGACUUUACAACCAAUUGAUUGCACCCAUGGCCCAAUUUACACUGUUGUAUGAAAUGCUUAUGUUUUGAUAUGUAAGUAAAACAUUUCUUAGCAUUAUGAAUCAAUUCAAAUACAUAGGAUUGUGUCAUAAAAUCUAUAUACUAUUAUAUAAAGCUGAAGAGUUUGUUUGUUUGUUUGUUUGAACGCGCUAAUCUCAGGAACUACCGGUCCAAACUGAAAAAAUCUUUUUGCGUUGGAUAGCCCUUUGAUCGUGGAGUGCUAUAGGCUAUAUAUCAUCACGCUAUACCCAAUAGCAGCGGAGCAGUAA